AUGAUGAACAAACUGUGGAGGGGUGAUCAUAAAAAGCCAAACACUCUCUGAUCUCUGAUUGGUCAGUCUGUCCCACGCGGACAGCGUCCCUCCAGCUCGGCUCGGCGCGUGCCAGCGGCCUGUCGCUUAAAUCAAAACAACAUGUCGAUGGAUUUCUGCAAUCGGGUGUGGAUUCUCUUCUGCGCCACAAUAUGUUAUUCGGGUUUAUUUUGCUGUGAGGUGACUCCGGGGGGAAAUCCGAACAUACCACACAUUGCAAAAUAUUUCUGCACGAAGGGGAGGUAUGAAGAAGUGAACCCGUAUCUCAUAGAGGACAUACUUGCUGUAAACAGUUCCGUUUUGCAGCCUCCGUCCCCGCAAUGUCGCCAAAUCCACAUGACGGCCAUCAUCAGACAUGGAACGAGAUACCCCACUUCCAAAAACGCCAAGAAGAUGCAGAAGCUUUACGAUCUGAUCCAGGACAACGCCAGGGCGAAUCACAGCUGGCUGCAGGAGAUCCAGACCCGCUGGAGGAUGUGGUACACCGAGGACAUGGAUGGCCGGCUGGUCCAGAAGGGUGUGGAGGACCUCAGGCAUCUGGCUAUCCGGUUCUCAAAGCUCUUCCCGACCCUGGUUUCACAGGAGAACCUGCGUGGAGGCCGCAUCACGUUCAUCACCAGCUCCAAGCACAGAUGUGUCAACAGCACCCUGUCCUUCAAGGCAGGACUCACCCAGCUGUGGGACAUUAAAGAUAUGGAGUUUGACCAUGCAGUGAAUGAUGCCCUCAUGAGGUUCUUCGAUCAGUGUUCUAGGUUCUUGGAGGAAGUUGACAAAAACCCAUCAGCUCUGACCGAGUUGGACAAAUUCAAUCAGGGCCCAGAGAUGAACAGGGUCCAGCAGAAGAUCGCAGACCGUCUCGAAGUCCCGUAUAACCUCAUCACUGAUGACAUGGUGGAAGCUGCUUUCUACCUGUGUGCCUAUGAGUUCGCCAUCAAGACGGUGAAUUCCCCGUGGUGUCGGCUCUUUGAUGAAGUCGAUGCGCAGGUUAUGGAGUAUGCGAUUGAUUUAAAACAGUUUUGGAAACGCGGCUACGGCUUUGACAUCAACAGCAAGUCGAGCUGCAUUCUGUUCCAUGAUGUGUUUGCUCGUUUGGACAAAGCCUUCACAGAAAUCAAAUCAGGCCAGCAAGUGAGUGAAGCUGUGACGAUUCAAGUCGGCCACGCAGAGACUCUUCUGCCUCUUCUCACCCUCCUUGGCUUCUUUAAGGACAGCGACACCCUGAGAUCCACCAACUACGCCUCGCAGACCCAACGCUCGUUCCGCACCAGCCUCAUGUUGCCCUACGCGGCCAACUUUGUCCUAGUCUUGUACGACUGUGGAGGAGGCGACAUUAGACUGCAGCCGUUGCUCAAUGAGAAACCUGUCAGGUUCUCAAGCAUGACUGAUCAACAGGUCUCUAUGCCUCUGUACGAACACGUCAAGGAGAGCUACAGAAACCUGCUGCAGGGAUGUGACUUCGAGACGGAAUGCCAGUUGUUUAAGACUAAUAAUGAUGUUUAGGUCCGCUGAGUACAUGUCGAAGAUGAUAUCCAAGGCUUUAUCCACAACACUGAUAAUAUUACCAAACAUUAACUCUGUGGGGACGGACAGUUACUAUUCCUUGAGUGGCAUAAAAGUCAUUUAGGAGAAAACGUUGGACCUAAACGUGUUUGGAGCCUCAUUUUGAAGGGGUGCCUUUAUUUUCCACUUCUUUUAUCUUUUAUUUUCCAGUUUCUAAAAAGAAGAAACCAUAAAAUAUUAGCAAAUUUGCUAUAAAUUAAGAAAUAUACGUAUGUUUUUAAAUAUUUGAUGAUUCACUUUAAGCAUUUCACACAGACUGAACAAAAUGGUUGAUCUGCGGUACAACAAUCGGUGCAAAGAUUUUCACUUCUAGAUAAACCCCAUGGCAAUGUGGUAGAGUUUAAAAGAAAUGUUAAAACUUUACAGUUUACCUCGAGGGACAAGGGAAUAAAGAAUUGUGACUGAAGCCGUCUGACAGCCUGAUACACACAUGACAAAAACAUUUUGUAAUUAAUAGCUCGUUGGAAUUAUUCUUGGUUAACUGGUUGUUGUGUGCAAAAAAAAAAAAAAGUGAACGUGUGAUGUUUUGUUCCAUUCUUUGAACAAACUGUUUCAAUUUCACAAAUAAUAGAGAAACUUGUUUAGUUUUUUGCCCAAAGCCAAGUUUGUUUGGAAAAGUUUUUUUCAAUGGGAACAUAAUCUGUCUGUCAAAACGUUUUCUUUUUUUUAAUUUUGAAUUAUUACUGUUUUCUCAGGGAUAUUUUCUCAGUAAAAUUAGGACCAAAAAUUCUGAUCUCUUUACCAAACAAGUCAGUAACAUGUUUAUUUCACAUUUUAAAAAGUAUCAGAUGUGUUUUUUUCCAUUUAAAUUCAAUGAAUAAAAAUGCGUAAUGUUCCAUUAAUUCCUGAUUUAUGACUGAGCACUAAAAAAGCAGGUGUUUUCAAUAAUAUUAUCAAUAAAUACGGCCUAUUAUUAAAGAAACAACAAAGAAAAAUAGUGGAUGGGAUGAUCAAGGUUUUAGAGUUCAGGUUUAAAAAAAUCGGAGCUCAUCAGUUUGACUAUAAAUAAGAACAUAUUUAAAGAUUAGAAUACAAGUGGAAGUAAAAUUGGAUGAAAGUUUGAUGAGGUUACAUCACAUCACCUUGGAUGGGCAUGAACAUGAAGGGCAACCCUCACUUUUAAUGCUGUAAUGUUCUAGCUUACAAUACAAAAUUGGGAACAAACCACCUCUAAAAUGACUGUUUACCCUAAUAAUAAAGUAUUCUUUGCUUUGA